AUGGGUCCCUCCGUGCACAUGAGGAUUACUGUACUCCUGGCCGCCAUCUCCUUAACUCAGGUGAUCACUGUCUCCUGCCAGGAAAACCCCAAGAAUGAAACGUGUGUUGACAAUGGACAAGUGUACGCCAACAAAGAUAUGUGGAGCCCUGAACCUUGCCGGAUCUGUGUGUGCGAGUCCGGCAGCGCUAUGUGCGAGACCGUUGUCUGCGAUGACCUCGGGGACUGCGCCCAGUCGGUGACCCCGGAGGGCGAGUGCUGCCCGGUUUGCAUCACCCCCACGACCACUCCCACGCCAAACCCUUCUGCAGCACCCACGGAGGAGGGCUCGAGCUGCGAGGUGGAGGGUGAGAUCUACGCUCAUAACGACAUCUGGAAGCCCGUGCCGUGUCGCGUGUGCGUGUGCGACAACGGCGUGAGCAUCUGCAGCGACGUGCAGUGCGAGGUGGUGCCCAACUGCCACAAGAUGGUGACCCCGGAGGGCGAGUGCUGCCCAGUGUGUGACAACCUGGCCAGCGCCACCAGGCACAUUGGUGAGACCACAGAGAUCAAUAUGGUCCUCCUGGUGCUCAGGGGAGAACUGGACAUAGAGGCUUUAAAGGAAGAAGGGGAUUCCAAGGGGCCCCGGGUUUUGAUGGCGAGCCUGGCAUACCAGGGAAUCCAGGCGAGCCUGGCCCCCCGGGUUUCCCUUCCCUUCCUGGGGGUGAACCAGGACCCCGAGGACCCCCUGGGGGAACUGGACCGCCAGGACCAAGCGGCGGCCAGGGACUCCCAGGCGAGCCUGGAGAGCCAGGAUAUGUGGGUGAAUCAGGUCUUCGAGGGCCAGAAGGGUUGCCAGGAAAAAGUGGUCCUGAUGGGGAGCCUGGACCUACUGGCGCUCCGGGAGAUCUGGGAUUUACAGGAUCAGUGGGUGCACGAGGGUUACCGGGUACUCCAGGUGUCCCUGGUCAAAAAGGGUAAGAUGGGCAUUUUUGGUCCCAGAGGUGAGGCCGGUGCUGUCGGUGUGAAGGGUGGUUCUGGAACUCCUGGUGCCAUGGGUGCUACUGGCCCAGUGGGGCCACCAGGCUUAAUGGGAGAAAGAGGAAGAGCAGGUCCAUCUGGUGCUGUGGGAAAACGUGGUGCAGCAGGACAUAUUGGCAAACCAGGUCCCCUGGGUCCUAUUGGAAUCUCCGGUGUACCAGGCUUCCCAGGUGCCCCAGGACAGAAGGGUGAAGUCGGACCAAUUGGUGUGAGAGGAAGUCUGGGUCAGCAGGGAUCCAGAGGAGAUGCUGGUCAUGUUGGGCCACUAGGGCCUACUGGACGACAGGGAGCUGUGGGGCCUGAUGGAGCGCCAGGAACCAGAGGCGCAACAGGCCUAGCAGGUGUCCUGGGUCCAUCCGGGCUUGUGGGCCCGAUUGGGCCCCCAGGACCCCAGGGAACCACAGGAGCACAAGGACCAAAGGGCCAAGAUGGUGAUGUCGGUGUGGCUGGAGUUAAAGGAGAAGCUGGAUUUAAAGGCGAAAGAGGUGACCAUGGUGCUCCAGGUCUGAUAGGCCCCAUGGGAGAUGAAGGGAAGCGUGGACCCCGAGGUGAUGCAGGCUCUGUCGGUGACCCAGGAACUCAAGGCGAGACAGGCGUCCCUGGGAAUCGUGGUUUCCCUGGCACGGAUGGUUUUCCAGGUGCAAAAGGAGCGCAGGGCGAAAGAGGGCUGCCAGGCACAGCAGGCACAAAGGGGCUGACAGGAGAUCUAGGACGACCUGGAGAGCCCGGUUUAACUGGUGCUCGGGGGCUGUCUGGAAUUAUAGGUGCCGACGGAGAAGAAGGCAAGCCAGGACCACAGGGCUCAGCAGGAGACGAUGGAAAACCGGGCCCAGCUGGUUCUACAGGAGGUCGAGGUUUAGCUGGACCCAUGGGCCUGCCAGGACCAAAAGGCCUCACUGGUGAUCCUGGGAAGAAUGGUGAUGCUGGCAGUACUGGCUCACAGGGUCAAAGAGGAGUGCAUGGAAAAGAUGGUGAGGAAGGUGCUGCCGGUCCUACUGGCCCAGCGGGUCCUGCAGGGAAGAGAGGAGAGCAGGGACCACAGGGACCCAUUGGUUUCCAGGGUUUGCCUGGAGUGCCAGGCCCACCCGGUGAAUUUGGUAAACCAGGAACUGAGGGACUUGCUGGGGAGGAAGGCUCUGCUGGAACUUCAGGACUAAGGGGAGAAAGAGGUGCUCCAGGUGCAAGAGGUGAAACCGGACCCAAAGGACUGCAGGGACCUAAGGGUAGUCCAGGUAGUCCAGGCCCAGAUGGAUUCAAGGGAAAAUCUGGUGUAAAGGGAGCUGCUGGAGAAACAGGAAGUCCAGGACUUCAAGGGAUGCCCGGGGAAAGAGGCAUUCCAGGAUCCCCAGGCCCCAAGGGGGAUGUGGGCUCUGUCGGUGAUGCAGGACUAGAAGGCAAAGCUGGAGUUGAUGGACCUCGGGGUGUGUCAGGUCCAGUUGGACCUGCGGGUGCCGUUGGAGCUAAUGGUGCCAAGGGUGAACCAGGCUCACCAGGACCCAACGGACGCCGAGGUACAAGAGGAGUACCUGGUGCUGAAGGUCAGCCUGGCGUGAAAGGUGAGACCGGGGAAUCAGGCCUUAAGGGAGAGGCAGGACCACCCGGACCACCCGGAAUGGCUGGCACACCGGGAGUACAGGGUUCUGCUGGUUUUCCUGGUUUACCUGGAGGCGUCGGUCCGCCCGGUUCUCUUGGUGCCGUUGGAGCAGAUGGGCCAGUUGGUCAAACUGGAAAGCAGGGCCCCUCUGGUAUUCGUGGUGAAAAUGGGGCCCCUGGACUUCAAGGCGAGAUUGGUGCUCCAGGCCCAGCAGGCACCCCUGGAGAGAAGGGUGAUUCUGGAGAGGAUGGUUCUCCAGGUCCUACUGGACCUCUAGGACCUCCCGGCACCACAGGACAGCGGGGACUUGUGGGUCAUCCUGGUGAGAGAGGAGAGGGAGCCAUGCCAGGCCUGCCUGGUGCUGCGGGUCUUCCUGGAAAACCAGGAGCUCCUGGAGUUCCAGGGGGAAAAGGUCCUCCUGGUGGAGUUGGUCCAGUGGGAGCCACCGGGCCGAGAGGAGAUGCGGGCCCUGAGGGCGUGGCCGGUGAAGAAGGACCUCCCGGGACCGACGGACUCUUCGGAGCAAGGGGCGAUAGAGGUAAUGCUGGUCCCGAGGGUUUGGCUGGAGGUCCAGGUUCUCCAGGAAAUGAGGGUCCAGUGGGAGCUACGGGUAAUCCAGGACAGAGAGGUGAAAACGGUGCCAAAGGCUCUCCUGGACCCCAUGGAGCACCUGGAGUACGAGGCAAAGUGGGCCCUCAAGGACCACAGGGGGAGAAAGGACCAGAAGGUGAACAAGGAGAGAGGGGUCAGAAAGGUCACAGAGGUUUUACUGGUCUCCACGGUUUGCCUGGAAUUGCUGGUACUACAGGGGAUGGAGGUAUUCCAGGUAUUGUCGGACCAGCUGGGCCAAGGGGUUCUCCAGGCGUGGUGGGUCCACCUGGGAAGGAGGGGAACAUUGGCCAGCCAGGAGCAAUGGGUGCACCUGGAAGCAGAGGAACCAGUGGGGACAUCGGAGUUCAGGGCCCUGCAGGAGAACCAGGACCUCCAGGUCCUCCAGGCCCACCUGGACCUCCCACUGCAGCUGUAAGAGAAUACUUUGCAGCUCCCAUGGAUUUUGAUGAGGACGGUGUGCCAGAAGCUGUGGAGUUUUUCAAGGAUGACGUGGCGGCCGACGCUCCUCCACUUCCAGAGUUUAAUAAAGAUGAGGCUCUUCCUAAUAAGACUCCAAUCAUCAUACAUACCACUCUGAAGACCCUCAGCAGGCGUAUGCAGAACAUUCUCAGUCCAGAUGGGACAAAGGAGAACCCUGCAAAAACAUGUCAGGACAUCAAGCAAUGCUAUCCACAGAAAACAAGUGGUGAGUACUGGAUUGAUCCAAACCAAGGAAGCACCAAAGAUGCCAUCAAGGUCUUCUGCAACAUGGAUAGCGGUGAAACCUGCAUCUCUGCUAAUCCAGCCAAUAUUUCCCGCAAAUCCUGGUGGACAAAAUCCACUCCCACUCUCAACAAACCCAUUUGGUUCGGAGCCCAGAUGUAUGGCGGAACCACAUUCCACUAUGGAAACAACGAGGAGCAGCCAAACACGGUGGCAGUUCAGUUGAAGCUACUCCAGCUUCUCUCCAAAGAGUCCCACCAGAGCCUCACCUACCACUGCAAGAACAGCCUGGCUUAUAAAGACAGCAAGGGCACCAUGAAGAAAGCCCUGAUCCUAAAAGGGGCCAACGGUCAGGAGCUGAGGGCACAAGGCAAUAACCGCCUGCGAUACACCAUCAUUGAAGAUGGCUGUGUGACGUCCAAUGAUAAUUGGGCUAAGACAGUGUUGGAAUACAGGACUCAAACCCCAAUCAGACUGCCCAUUGCGGACGUGGCGCCCAUGGACAUUGGAAAGGCCAAUCAGGAGUUCGGCCUUGACAUUGGACCCGUGUGUUUCUCAUAA